AUGGCCUUCCCGCUGAACACGCUCGUUUGGCUGAAGCAGCCGGGCCACCCGUGGUGGCCGGGGAUAGUGCUCGACCCCGCCACGCUGGAGAUGGCGGUGCCUGCGGGGUACGACACCUGCGUGCUCUGCCUGCCCUCCGCGUCCUCCAGCGUGGCGUUCGCAAACGGCGGCAACGCCGAGGAGCUUAUCCGUUUCGACCCGGCGACAGACGCGGAGCUGAUAGAGGCGGGAAAAGAAACUUCCGACUGCGCCGCGGCCAUCGAGGAGGCACUGAGCGUCUACGAGCAACAGCAGGCGCAAGCGAGGAAUAAGGAGGCCGCUGAGGACAGAGACGACGAGCGCAAAGGAGCGCACGUGCGGAAGGGGGAUGCGGCGCAUAGAACAGCGAAGCAGGAAAAGAAGCGACACAGGCGGCGGGAGCGCAGUGAGUCGCCUCCCGUAGGGCGGCGGCCCCGCCACGAAAAGAGGAAGAUGGACAAGCGUAAGUACAAGGUGAGCGGCGAUGGUGAGAGCGAGAGCACGGAGGACGUAAGCGGGAGCGACGAUGACGCGAAAAGGAGCAAAAGCACCGGCAAGAAGUCUGGAAAGGCGGGAGUCCCCGACGCCGUGGAUCAAUACGACAGGGAGGCGCAGCAUGUGCCCACCCAUCAGGAAGAUGACGCUGUCUACUUGGAGCACGUGCUCCGCGAGAAGCGUCAAGCGGCAUCCGACACGACGCUUCAAAUCAUUCGAAAUAAGUUGGAGACGUUGGCCGUGGCGUGCGACCACGGCGGCGUCAUCUCCGUCAGCGAGGCGGCGGAGGAGGCCCUCCUCGACGCACUCUCCCCGCUGUCACUCAUGAACAUCACCCUUGACCAACUCCGUCGUCUUAAGAUUGGCGUUGUUGUGGGAAAAUUCCUCACGAAGGACUACCCGGUCCGCGUCGUCUCACUGGCCUCGGCGAUUCUCACGUACUGGUUCCGUCAGCUUCCGCCUGCAACGCAGCAGCGUUUGAGUGCGCAGUCGGCGCUAGAGCUGGCGUCAAAUGAUACAACCAUCGGCUCAGAGCGCCAAGGCCUCUCACUGGGCGCAUUGGGUGUGCAGUUGGAGGCCUGCUUCACCGAUGAGGAGGUGUACGACACAAUCAACGAUCCCGUUGUCGUCGCAAAGGAGAUUGAGAUGGAGCUCGAAGCCGUCGACGACGAGGACGUCAGCAAGGAGGCCCUCGCCACGUUGCGUGACAGCCAAAACACGGCGCUGCGCCGCGGUCUGCUUGACGGCUCCAUCGCCGCCAAGGACCUCGUCGCGAACCCCGGCAACCCGGGCGCUCUGCUGCGGCGCCCUGAGGCCGAGGGCGAGAAGGCGUCAGGGCGCUCGCCGGCGGAGCCGGAGUCCCCGCUGGCGGAUGGAAGCGACUUCACGAAUUUCACGACACUCUACGCAUGCCCCGAGUGCGGGUCUCGCGAGGCGGUUGCCAACGAGUACUCGGUGCAGGCCCACGACAACAUGGCGGUUUUCGUGCGUUGUCUCAAGUGCGGUGAAACAUGGAAUGUGGAGGCGUAG